AGGAGACYUAAACAAACCCGAACCUGUUGGUUGAUCUCCGGUCUCCUCUGCUCGCAGCUCAACAUCAUGGGAACCGAGUUCACGGAGCCGGGGAUCCCAGCAGACCCGGUGGGCAAGCGGGUCUCCUGCGACGGGGAACGGGCCACGGUGCGCUACGUGGGCCCGGUACCACCAACCACCGGGCUGUGGCUCGGUGUGGAGUGGGAUAACCCAGAGAGAGGCAAACAUGAUGGCAGCCAUGGAGGAGUUCAGUAUUUUACAUGCAGACAUCCUAAAGGAGGUUCCUUUGUCCGCCCAGCGAAGGCGAGUUUUGGAGUGGACUUCCUGACUGCUUUACAACAGACCUAUGAGACUAACACAGAAGAAGUGUUGAGUCAAGAAAUUGUAGUUUCUUCAAAGAAGUUGAAGUGGUGGUGUGUUGAAGAGCGCAGGUUUGAUAAUCUUCAGUCAGUGGCGCUAAACUGCAAGGAGGUGAAUGGACCAGGGCCUCCAGGAGAAAUCAGGAAAACAGCACCUAAUGUUCAGUGGUUGGAACUCGGCAGUUCUCUGUUGGCAUCUUGGGAAGAUGUAUCUGCCAUCACRGAGCAGCUGGAGAUGCUGACGCAACUUCAGCUCAGCAACAACAGAUUAAGAUUACCGUCUGACCCCUGGUCUCACUGCCAGGCUUUCUCCAACGUCAGAAUCCUUACCCUAAACAAUUGUAUGCUCUCCUGGCCGCAGGUUCUGGAGUGUGCCGUCAUGUGGCCUCAGCUGGAGRAUCUGUGUUUAGAGAAAAACUGCAUAACUGAGCUGCAAAGGCCCAAGGGAGGAGCACUGCAGACACUGAAAUGUCUCAAUCUGUCCUGUAAUCCUUUACUGCAGGACAGCAUCCUCUGCCUGUCUGCUCUGCCCAGAUUGGAGCAACUGAACCUGUCCAGCACCGGACUGUCUGCCAUCCGGUUUGAAGAUGCUGCUCCAGGAUGUUGCACGGCCAUGUUUCCAGCUUUGAAGUUUCUCAGUSUGGAUCAUAACAACAUCUCUGAGUGGUGUGUAAUUAAUGAACUUGCCAAACUUCCCUGUUUGGAGAGGCUUUCAUGUCGAAACAACAAACUGGUGAGCAGRGACGGAAAUCCCAAAACAGUCGAUCAGAUGCUUAUUGCCAAACUGGAGAAACUGGUCAUCCUGAACAACUGUGAGGUCACCUCUGAGGAAAGAAGGGGGUCGGAGCUUGACUACAUCAAGAUGUUUGGAGAAGAGUGGCUAGCGGCAGGGGGACCGGGCCAGACCAGCACCCAGUUUACCGAGCAGCACCCACAAUACCAGAAACUCAUCAAAAAGUACGGCGCACCAGACAAAGGCGAGCUGAAGAAGGCGGAGCCGUUUGCCUUGAAGAAUCAGCUGUUAAAGAUCACAUUUGUGUUUCCUGAUGAUGCUGACAGGAAGCCGAUAGAGAAGAAACUUCCAGCCUUCAUGGUUAUUCAGAAGGUGAAGGGACUCCUGCAUCGGCUGCUGAAGGUCCCAGCUGCUGACCUGAGGCUCACCUACACCACCUCCAAGAAGGAAGGAACAGAGUAUGAUCUCAACAAUGACCUGAAGACGCUACAGUAUCACUCUAUAGAGGAUGGAGACCAGAUUCUGGUGCGCUGGCUCUGACCCUGACCACUGACAGAUGGACCCACUGCUCUUCUACAGUUACUGAAGUCAGGCUGGACGUCCGUCCUGCUGCCUGUCAGUCUAAAUGAGCCCUGACACCUGACUUUAGAAACGUGGAACAUCUGAUCUCAAAGGAGUGAUGUGAUGACUGACAGGUGGCAGGUAUCUACAGUCACAGUACUGCAGAAGAAGAGAACCAGGAGGAACUAAAGCAGAACAUGCAAACCUUUAAAUGUAAAAGUGAUCAGAUAAACUCUUGAUGUUACUAAUGAA